AUGGCAGCACUUUUUAGCUCCACUAUUACCACGCAGCUCGAAUUCAUGGGGUUGCAACCCAAGACUGGAGACUUUGUUGCUAGAAACUCAACUCGCACCGAAGGAAGGGCGUGCAGUAAGGAAACUGAUUGGUGGUUUGGCCCAUACGACAAUCGGCGUGCAAUUGUGGGCACGCCUUCCCUGGUGCUGGAGGUUGGAGAGUCGGAGUCCUCAAAAAAAACCGAAGCGAUGCUCAGUGGUGGUAUACAAAUACUGGGUCGCCACCCCGUAUACACUUCUAUGUAA